GGAUGACCUCAGACAUUUGCUGGAUGCCUUUGGCCAAUGGCAUGCACAGCUGUUUCCAAAGAUGAAAUUCGACGAGUUCGUUUCCAAGGUGGAGAAACUUGGGGCGAAACGACUAGUCCGGAUUACGCUGGAUAGCCUACGCUCCAAGAUUGCUUAUGGAGCACCCAUAACCUGGCCCGCAUACGAGGGUGAUGCCUCUAAGAGAAAGAAGGGGGGUGAAAAUGAGAAAGAGCAGGACCAAGGAGAGAACGUAUCUGACAGAGGAGGAGAAGGAGGAGGCGGCGGCGCUAGCGACGACUCUGCCCACCUUGGUCGGCAACGGGAUAAUGAAGACGUCGUCGAGCCCGCGGAUAUCUUUGAUGAGCUGGUUGCAGAUGCUGGUGGUCAAAUGGAUGACAAGUAUCAGCCGCAGGAUGAUGACAUGUAUCAGCGACAGGAUGAUGCAGAACUGCUAGGAGAUAUGUUCGAUGAUCUGGUUGGCGAGGCACCGCGACAACGCAAUGAAAGGGAGGGAAAUGGGACAAAUGGCGCAGCAUCCAAAAACGGGCCAUCUGCAGGAGAAGACGAUCUGGCAGACGCGACGAGGAGUGAUCCUAACUCCAGCGAAGGGCCACCGCCUUCUAAACGCAUCCGUCUGUUCAUACCGGGCCAGUCAUCGCUGUCUCAAGGAGCACAAGGGAGAAAUGCAGGGGGCUCAGGAGCGGGAGACGGUGAUAGAAUGGCUAGCGGCAGCGUCGUUGAACCAGACCAUACACGAGGACCGCAUAGGGAGGAGAAGGGAAACAGUCAUGAUGUUCCAGAGCUCGCUGCAAUGGAUUCGCGUGGGAACGGCAAUGGGCCCCUAAGGGGCAUGGAGGAGAUGGAUAGGAGUCGUCCGAUGGACACCGGGCCAUCUUCUGAAGGUCUUGUUGACAGACCUGGUCCUUCAGGAAGAUCAUCAUCAGCAGCAGCAGGAGCAGGCGCAGAAGGAGCAGGAGGAGAGAGAGGAGGAGGAGGAGGAGGAGGAGGAGGAGGAGGAGGAGGAGGAGGAGGAGGAGGUGGAAGGAGAUGGCAGGCGUUUGACCAAAGCAAUGGAGAUGGAGCACUAUGGGGAGGGCGAGACAGCAAUCAAGGGAGUGAUGAAGGGAGGGGAAAUGAAGCUUUUGCUAGGGCAAGAGAUCCAGAAAACGUGAAUGAUGAUCCAAAUGGUAGCGGGCUGACCCGUGAGCAAUCCGGAAUGGGAGUCGGGCCCAGUGAUACUGGGACCGAGGAAAGGCGGACUCACGGAGACCGAGAGCGGGAAGAGGGUGUCUUGAGACGAGACGAUGCUGCCAAGCACUCUAACACUUUGGUCAUAGUGGAUGAUGAUGAUGAUGAUAAUGACGGUCAUCGUCAUCUUGCUACACAGCGCAGACGAGGGAAAGAGCCCAUGAAUAUUGACGAUGAUGAUGAUGAUGAUGAUAAUGAAGAUCGGCUUGCUAUGCGGCGCAAACCGAGAAAGCAGUUGCGGCAUCUCUCAGCAGGUUCCGUCUCGAUAGGGGAGCCUAUUGACAUUGACGAUGACACUCAAAUGAGCCCCCCCGCGAAGGCUUCCUUGAGGUUAGGUGGUGGUGGGACUUCUACGUCUGACCGACGGCCACGCCGUGUCAUCCUUUCGAGCGACUCUGAAGGUGAUGAUGGCGAUUAACAAACUUCAUCAAAUUUGUGUUUCUUGAACUUUCUUUGCUAAUUGCGCUUGUCGCAAUGGGUUGUCCAUGGGUAGGAACCAGGGGUUAAUCCGUAAGGCGCCUUUUUUUUCGGAGCAAGAUCGUAAAGAGGAGAUAUGCUGGCUGCUUUUAUAUCACUCUCAAGCCACAAGUGGAGUUCUGCCUAAGGAAGCAAUAGCAAUAGUGCGCGGAUGCUGCGCACAAAAGACCUGUGCAUCCAACACUGCAGUUGGGCAAGUUCACAGCUCAGAGUGGGCAGGAGUGAAUUAACAUGAGGAGGAUUUGGUAAAAGUCCGACUGUGGUCGGGGUUAGGUAGGCUUAGGCGGAGCGCCUCGCCCCCAUC